UUUGUCUUCUGCACAUAGAGGGGGUUAUUUCCAACUUAUUUGAUCAGGCACCGUCAAGGUCCACUAAAGGCUGACAGGAACUGAACAGGAACUAGUAGUGACAGAACUGAUACAGAAGCAAAACAUUAUGACAUUACCAUAACAUGUUAUUAGCUUUUAACAUUUCCCCUAACUUUGUGAACAUUAUUUCACUCGUUCAUCAACUAUAGCCAUGGGUCAUUUCAAUUAACGGUUGCCACCGUCUCAUACGGAAGUUAUUAAGGUUUUCAUGAUGGUCGUGGAGGUGGAGAGCUUCUUCGGUGUGUACAUGCUUUACUGCACUAACCCAAAAUUUAAAGGCCGUAUCUACAUCGGCUUCACGGUCAACCCUGAGCGGCGGAUUGGACAACACAAUGCCGGGAGGCACAGAGGGGGUGCCAAGAGAACCAGUGGCAGGGGACCGUGGGAGAUGGUACUAAUUAUCCAUGGAUUCCCUUCAGAUAUAGCUGCCCUGAGGGUGAGUCCAGGUUCCAGAGUUCAGUUUGAGUGGGCGUGGCAGCACCCUCACUCUUCCAGACGACUUUCCCAUGUCUCCCGACGUUCCAAAAGAGAAACGAGCCUGCAGUUCCACUGGCGCGUCGUCUCCAACAUGCUGCGGGUGGCGCCAUGGAGCAGGCUCCCUCUGACUGCCCGCUGGCUCAGACAGGAGUAUAGGAUGGACUUUGACCCCGGCCUGCAGCCCCCACUGCACAUCCCCAUCGCCUUCGGCAGCGUGAGGGCCAAAAAGAAGCAGUCGCUGCCAUCUGCAGGUGAAGAUGAAGAUGUGAUGUCUGUGUGUUUCCUUUGCAAGGCGAUGGUAAAGGUGUCAGAGAAGCUAAGCUGUUUCCUUCCUUCCUGUGGGAUGGUCAGUCAUGUAGUUUGCCUGGCCAAAUAUUUUCUAAGGUCCGAGCCGUCCCACCUCCUGCCUGUAGAGGGACAGUGUCCUUCCUGCCAUGGCUCGGUGCUGUGGGGGAGCCUCAUUCGCCAUAAACACGGCUGCCUUGGAGACCUGGAGGAGGUCAUUUCCUCCACAUCACAGAGCCACUGGGCAGAUGAACUGCAGAUGUGAAGAAAAGGAGGCUGCAGUAGAGACUAUAAGAGUGAACUCCUGCCAUUAGUGCUGAAGAGUGUAUAUAAAUUUUACUGUCUCAUCAUGAGGUUUUUAAUUCUUUCUUAACUUUGUAAUAUGGACAAUCAUUAAAUUUUCCCACAUAAAAGAUUAAGGAAAUAAUUUUAUUGCUUCAUUUCAACAGGAUGUGUUCUAUAAAGCUCUUCUGUUGAACAUGUUUUCUAU